UCAUAAACUCAACUGUGUCUCACUCCUCUAGUCUCCAACGAUCUCCCUUGCUGAGAGUUAGUCUCCAAAAUGGGUACGCUCUCCGUGCGCCUGGCGCUGCUGUGCGCGGUGCUGGUGGCGGCGAGCCAGUGGCCUGGCGCGCAGGCGUUUACGAACGAGAUGACGAAGGAGUUUGUGUGCCAGUCGGAUGUGGGCUGGGGCGUCUGGUUCAACUACUCGUGCGCGUGCCACCGCCUCGAGGUGUUCGAGUCGGCCUACUACUGGGACGAGAAGAAGACGCCGUACACCAGCCUGGGCAUCACGUGUCCGGGCCCCAACUUCAUGGCGUUUGGCCGCAUGGCGUUUGGCAACCCAUGGCUGGAGUCGGUGGGGUACCGCUACUGGGUGAGCGAGCUGAAGAAGUGCGCCAACAAGCCGUACCGCGGCAAGGGAGUGCAGCUGUGUAAGAUCGCCAACAUCUGGAGCCGCAGAGACCUGUACGUGGGCGGGGGCUAUGUGCCCCGAACCGGCAAGAUCAACGGCCGCCCCUGGACCUGGAACCCCGAGCCCCCCUACUCCAACCACCCCAGGUCCUGGACCUUUGACAGCAGGGCAGGGCUGCAACUCGGUAGUUAGACCAGCGGCACACCAAUGGACAGCAACCCCGAGGUCCCCUGCACGAGCCCUUGGAAUUCAUGGCCUUGGAAAUGCUGUGCUCACGGUGGGGUGUGGCCCCGGCUGGGGGGGCUGGGGGGGUUGCGGGCGUGGCAGCUGUGUGAAGAAGACGGAUUAGACAUGGUUGUAGAAAGAUGUGUACGACAGGUCUGAAGUCAUGACACUGGAAUAAUGGGUUGAGAUGGCCCCUUGGGGUCUCAUUUGUGAUCGAACAGAACAGAACCUCUUUUGUUUCAACAUCCUUGUGCUGGAACUUGGGCAAGAUGUACUACCAGUGAACGCUGAAGCAUCACUGAAUGCUCAGAGAGGAAUUAUCACUGAAUGCUCAGAGAGGAAGCAUCACUGAUGCUGAGUACUGUCAAACAUAACUUAUGCAGUUACUAUAGACUAUAUAUGUUUGUGCCUUAGUGGGUACAGCUCACUAGUCUAUAUUGCCUUGUAUCUCCCCAUUCUAGUAAUUAUUCAUUCUGAUAUG